ACCGCGACGCGAUACGUAUCUCGCUAGGAACUGCAGAUACAUCGUCCCCCAUCAAGGAAACUUCCUCCUUCCAGCUUUUCUCUGCUUGCCCGGUUUAUCGUUUACCUGCCCCUUCCUCAUAUUGAAUUAAAUCGGUGUGAUUUUUAAGUGCAGCGUGCACGGAUUACCAAAUGGAGCAAAGUAAUAGUGACAAGUGAUGAAGCUGUGCAAGAAUGCUUACGAGCAGUGCAUUUUAGUGGAAUAAUGCGUGGUUACAAACGUUGAUUGGAUACUUUUUGUGGCAGCAUGACCAACCAUCCAGCCAGUGAGAAGUCAAGAGGUUUACGGGAAAUUGCGCUGUUCACCAGAAACAAAUUAAACGUUCAUCGAUAUCACCAUGACAGCCGGAGAGAUUGAUGUCAUUACCAGUGAUGUGAAAAUUCUGCUCCAUAGUUAUGACUUGUGGAUUCCAAUUUGGAUGCAUUUCACAGUAAAGUUAUCACAGAAUUGAAUAAGUGAAAUCUCUACAAGUGGAAACGAUAGUCGAAAUAAAAAACUACCUCAUGGUUGCCAUGUAUGAUCAAAAGUGCUUCAAACAGAUGCUACCCAAAUGUGCACGUUGGAAUGGACUUACAAUUGGAACACCGCUGAGGAUACCGGCGAACUGGAGUCGUGUCCUGCGAUGGCAACCGAGCACCCGUAUCGACCCCGAGCUAGUAUUGCAGGCAGCUGAAUCCGGAAAUCUAGACGAGUUCAUUAGACUAUACGAAGGCGACAACGGACGACUAGCGGUUAAGGAUAGCAAAGGUCGUACAGCGGCUCACCAGGCUGCCGCCAGAAACCGCGUCAACAUUCUCAGCUUCAUCCACGACCAUGGAGGCGACUUGAAUGCACAAGAUAUUUCGGGCAACACACCACUUCAUGUUGCUGUUGAAAAUGAUUCACUGGAUGCUUUGGAAUUUUUGCUAAAAAUUCCAGUCGCAACAAACAUAUUGAAUGAGAAGAAGCUUGCACCCGUACACCUGGCCACCGAACUGAACAAGGUCAAGGGUUUACUUAUGAUGGGAAAAUAUCGGGACACCAUCAACAUCCAGCAGGGUGGUGAGCACGGUCGCACUGCGCUGCACCUUGCCGCCAUCUACGAUAACGAAGAAUGUGCGCGAAUUCUGAUUUCCGACUUUGGUGCGUGUCCUCGAAGACCAUGCAACAACGGUUACUACCCAAUCCAUGAGGCAGCGAAGAAUGCUAGUUCUAAAACGAUGGAGGUGUUUUUCCAAUGGGGGGAAUCGAAGGGAUGUACUCGCGAGGAGAUGAUUUCUUUUUACGACUCUGAAGGAAAUGUCCCUCUCCAUUCAGCCGUGCACGGAGGAGACAUCAAAGCGGUUGAGCUGUGUCUGAAGUCAGGAGCGAAAAUAUCCACUCAACAGCACGACCUUUCUACACCAGUUCACCUAGCAGCUGCACAGGGUGCCAUUGAAAUUGUGAAGCUGAUGUUUCUAAUGCAGCCACAGGAGAAACGUAGCAGUAUGUAUUGUACUGAUAUUCAAAAAAUGACCCCACUGCAUUGUGCUGCUAUGUUCGAUCAUCCAGAGAUUGUGGAUUACCUAGUUCAAGAAGGAGCUGAUAUCAAUGCCUUGGAUAAGGAGAAUCGUUCACCAUUGCUGCUAUCGGCUUCCAGAGGUGGAUGGCGUACGGUCAUGGUUCUCAUUCGACUAGGUGCCAACAUAGCUCUAAAGGAUAUCAAUGCAAGAAAUGUACUCCAUCUAGUGAUUAUAAAUGGUGGGCGAUUAGAUGACUUCGCCAAAGAAGUCAGUUGUACUCAGCCUGAGACACACCUGCUUCAACUGUUGAAUGAAAAGGAUAAAACAGGUUGCUCUCCAUUGCAUUACGCCAGUCGAGAAGGUCAUAUACGCUCUCUGGAAAAUCUUAUCCGACUUGGGGCAUGCAUUAAUCUGAAAAACAACAACAACGAAAGCCCACUACACUUUGCAGCACGAUACGGUCGAUAUAAUACAGUUCGACAGCUACUGGAUUCAGAAAAAGGGUCUUUCAUUAUCAAUGAGAGCGACGGGGAAGGGUUAACUCCGUUACACAUCGCAUCAAAAGAGGGCCAUUCAAGGGUUGUGCAGCUUCUGCUGAAUCGAGGAGCACUUCUUCAUAGGGACCACAACGGACGCAAUCCACUGCAUCUGGCAGCAAUGUCCGGGUAUACACAAACUAUUGAGUUGCUACAUUCAGUGCACUCCCAUCUGCUAGAUCAAGUAGAUAAAGACGGGAACACUGCCUUGCAUCUAGCAUCUAUGGAAAACAAACCAAACGCUGUGAUUCUGCUUCUAAGUCUAGGUUGCAAACUUCUGCACAACUCCAUGGAUAUGAGUGCGAUAGAUUAUGCAAUUUACUACAAGUACCCGGAAGCAGCCUUGGCGAUGGCCACCCAUGAGGAACGAAGUUCUGAGAUUAUGGCACUUAAGUCUGACAAACACCCAUGUGUAACUUUAGCACUGAUCGCUUCGAUGCCGCGGGUCUUUGAAGCGGUACAGGAUAAUUGCAUCACUAAGGCGAAUUGCAAAAAAGAUUCCAAGAGUUUUUACAUUAAAUAUUCUUUUAGCUGUCUGCAAUGUCCGGCUCUUUACGCUCAAAUGGACUCUCGAACUGGAGAGGCGGUUGAGAUCUCGAAACCAAUACCUCUGCCAGCACUGAACAUCAAAUAUUCCUUUCAUGUUUAUCAAAAAUCCCAGGAAGAAGUGGGAAAAAUCAGAAAGAAACUCGACGAUCCGAAAUGGCGGCAGCCACCCUUGCAUGUGGUGAAUGCAAUGGUCGCGCAUGGUCGUGUGGAGCUGUUGGCCCAUCCACUGAGCCAGAAAUAUCUACAGAUGAAGUGGAACUCGUACGGAAAAUACUUUCACCUUGCAAAUCUUCUGUUCUACAGCGUUUUCUUGUUCUUCGUGACGCUUUUCACUUCUCAGCUCAUGCGAAAUGAUUCGCCACCUCUCUACACGCCCAGCAACCAAACUGAAUCCCAUGAGGCCGUCAUUGCUCCGCAUGACCUACCGGUACCGAUGGCUUUGACGGCUCGGACGAGGCCGUUCAAUUACAUUACCUACCACAAUUCCUCACAGCCUUUGAUAGAAGAAGUCAUGACCAUCACAACUACCACACUGGUUUCCGGGGUGGCCAUUAUUGUCUACAUCUUCUGCAACGCGCUUCGAGAGAUGCUACAGGCGUAUCAGCAAAAGUGGCACUACCUAAUCGAACCGAUCAACCUAAUCUCGUGGAUUCUGUACUUUUCCGCUCUCAUCAUGGUGUGGCCAAUGUUCAACGACGGUCUGUGUUACGGAGGAAAUUUCUCUGCUGCCUCGGUGACGGUAUUUUUGUCUUGGUUCAAUCUUCUGCUCUUUCUGCAACGAUUCGAUCAGGUCGGUAUCUACGUCGUGAUGUUCCUGGAAAUUCUUCAGACACUCAUCAAAGUGUUGACGGUAUUUUCAAUACUGAUAAUCGCCUUCGGACUCUCGUUCUACAUAUUGCUAUCAAAGAUAGUCAACCCACAGGCGAACAACUUAUCGUUCUCGUCGAUUCCAAUGUCGUUGAUCCGAACCUUCUCGAUGAUGCUGGGAGAAAUAGACUUUCUCGGAACGUAUGUUCAACCAUUCUACAGCUCGGAGUUACCAUUUCCCAUUCCUUCAUUUGUGAUUCUCUGUCUCUUCAUGAUACUGAUGCCAAUCUUGCUGAUGAACCUGUUGAUCGGUUUGGCGGUUGGGGAUAUCGAAUCAGUUCGCCGGAAUGCCCAGCUCAAGCGGUUGGCGAUGCAAGUUGUUCUGCACACCGAGCUGGAAAGGAAACUGCCUCAGAUGUGGCUUGAAAUGGUUGAUAAAAUGGAACUUAUCGAGUAUCCUAACGAGAAGAAAUGCAAGCUCGGAUUUUUGGACUCGGUCCUACGGAAAUGGUUUUGUAACCCAUUUACAGAUGACAGCAAAGGUGGGGUAAAGAAAAACAUGUUUAAUUUAAAUAGGAAACUUAUUCCUUAUUAUUUGUCUACAGGAGGUAUCGAUUUCGUUCUGGAUAGUCACGAGGAUUACAUUGUGUCCGAGUUGGAAAAACAGAAGCGCAAAAUACGAGAGAUUGGAAAUUCACUAGACGUUCAGCAUCAAUUAUUACGGUUGAUAGUGCAGAAAAUGGAAAUUAAAACAGAAGCUGAUGACAUGGAUGAAGGUGUGGCCACAAGCGAACACAAGGGUCUAGCGGCCUUGGGAACCGCAUCACGAUGGUCAUCACCAAGGAUCCGGAAGAAACUACGAGCAGCAUUGAGCUUCAACAAAUCUAUUAGCAAGUAAUGAAGUCUUAGUGUUUAGGUUAUAUAAUAUUUCAACAAUGACGAAAAUAUUUUUACGCUCGAUCCAUUUAUCAAUAAAUUUCGAUAUCCACGUGUGUACAAGUAAAAAUAUACUAAAAACCCAAAAACAAUUCAGAUAAUUGCACAGCAAAAAGUGCAACGCAAUUUAAAAAGAAUACUUCGAGUGUGAAGAUUCACAGAAUCAGGGACAAAAACUCAACAAAAUAUAUUUGACAAGAAAACCAUGUCUACAGGUUUGAAACACGUAAAACGCGCUAUCGCGCUAUCUUAAAAUUGUAAUACAAUUUUAUGCAACAUAUAGAUAAAUUGAAUGUUUUAUGUGCCUAAAAGCUGUUAUAACUAUAAUGCAGGUAAUUUAUGGGAUACUAAAUCAACUAUAAAUACUACCAAUAAUAAUAAUAAUAAAUGAAAAUUUUUCACAGUUAUAAUAAUACAAAUAUAAAAAUAAUAAAACUGUUAAUAUCAACAAUAAUAAUGAUAUAACUUUCUGUGUCAGAUUUUGACAAAUACUGUUUUCUAUUUCACUAACAGAAAAUAAUGCGUAUAAUGUUCAAUACACGAUAAUGCACGUUGAUCACAAAAUGCAAAGCAAGUAAUACAAUCUUCCUAAUGACACUAACAAUCCUUCUUGGUUAGGACUCGAACGUAAGACGAGAAAUUUAUGAGAACAGUGUUGUACCCUCUGAAGCGUCAGACCACGUUGAUCGGGAUACAGUCGAUAAUUAGACCGCUUGAAAAGUUUGGAACAGUGGACAAUUUAGGUCUCAGCUAAUUCUAAGACAUUCCUGUCAAAACCAGAAAGAUUCAGACUUAUUCAUUAACAACAUGCUUAAGAUGCAUAAAUAUCUUGGCACUGAACAUAAUCCCGAAUUUAUACUUAAUGUUCUACAUAGUAUGUUUGUUUCUAGUGUCGCGUCACCCAAAGUGCCGUCGAAAGCUACUGAAACGCAUUAGAUUAAAACUUUUGAAUAUACUAUAAGCUAAGAUUGAUAAUCAACUAAUUGAAGCUAGUCCUGUAAACGUUUAAUUACUAAUUAAUUAUAUAUACUUUAUGUACCAAGAAUCUGUGUUGUAAUUAUUGAUGUGACAAAGGACUGUGUAAGAAUUAAUAAGUGUAAAAUACGUACAAAUUGUUGUAUAGUUAUGUGUGCAUAAUAUUUAAAUUUAAGUAUCAUCCACGCGAAAGUGUUCGAUGUAUUGUGUGGAAUGAAUAGACUUAUGGCCGAUUAU